AGGUUUGAAAGAAAACAUUCUGCCUCUAACUUAUAGUCUGUGUUAAAAAGGAACUGCAGCUGUUUAUUAAAUCCACAGUGGAGACAUCCACAGGAGACUUCACUAUGAGACCUUACUGGAAGAAUCUUUACUGUGCUUUACUGGUGACACUGAUGGGUGCACCAUGUAUGGAGGCCUGGGAACAGAUUACCUGGACCGGUCAGGUGACGGCCGGUUUCAGAACCACUUUCACUUGUUCCUCUUCUUGCUUCCCAAGCUGCAUCUACACCUGGUCCUUUCUGGGCCGCACAGUCAAUGGCAGCACAUUGUCCUGGACACCAGAUGGACGGGACAGUACAGUGGAACUACAGUGUAAUGUGCUCAAUCCAGAAACAGGAGUCUCCAGCACUUUGACCUCCAUUGUAGAAAUUAAGAAUCGACUGUCUGUGCAAAUCAGUCCACCAAACACUGUCCCAUCUCUCAACAAGUCAGUGGAUCUGGUCUGCCAUGAUGCUGCAGCCGGUCACCUCUCAGGCCCAUCACACCAGGUGGUCUGGUACAAAGACGGACAGAAAGUGACCCUGCGUGGAAACAUGCAGCUGCUGCACAACACCUCACUUCACUUUGUCUCACUGCUGCCCUCUGAUGCUGGAUUCUACCAGUGUGAGACCUCUGUGCCUUCACAGCAGCAGACGAGAGUGUUCAGCCUGGGAUAUCUUCUCAACUUCGAUCCAUGGAACGUCAGUAUCAGCGGACCCGACGCUGUGUUCCCUGGGAGACUGAGUAAAUUCACCUGCUUGACCAGCUGCACCUUAAAUGUGGAUUGCACUGUCAGAUGGCAGUUCAGGGCGGGUUUCCCCAUUGGAACCUACCUGUCGGUCCAUGAAAAUGAGCUCAAGUGGACCCCUUCCAUACCCGGCACUUUCCAGAACUUCACCUGCGUUGCGGAAAAUGCAGCAGCUGGACAGUCUGCUGAGGCCACCAAGACAGUGGAAGUUAAAGGUGUUCUUGUCUCUGGAUCAGAGGCAGUGAGGCUCAGUGGACUUCAUGCAGUGAUCCUCAGCCUGGGACUGCUGAUGCUCUUUGAUUCUUGAGCUGUCAACUUUUUUUUUAAUGUUUUAUUUGUCUUUUGUGAAUUUAUCAGUUUUCCUUUUCUCUUUUUAUCUUCAUCAUGCAUGGAAGACACUUUAAAAUUCUUAUGUUCAUCAAAAGUGUUGAUUGACAACAUCUGUGAAACAAAAGAAGAUGAGGUUGAUAGAAAACUACCCGGUGAGGUUCUGGGAAAACAUUGUGGUUUGGGUUAAGAUAUCAACAUUACAUACAUUGCAUACUGUAGUUAUGUUAUGUACAUGAUGUAAGAUCAAUACAUUGGUAAGUUGUAAUAAGUCACACUGGGCACCGAUAGUGGUUUCCUGGGUGGAGGUCCUGUGUUUGACAUGACAUGACCACCCGUCCCCAGCAUCCUCUUGUGGUGGACUCUCUCACUCUUUACAGGCCUUCAUGUGACUUCGUCUCUCACUGACUAACAAUCAAAUGUAAAUACAGGCCAUAAUAAGCUGCUUUCACAGCUACUGAAGAGAUAAUAAGUGUGUCUAAACCACCAUCUGGUUUAUACAAAUACAAAGGAGAAGUUGAUUUUUUUUAAAGUCUGAAAUUCUGUAUUAUUUCAGUACAUUAUGUCUCUUAUAUAUAACAUGUUAAUUCUGCAGUUUGUCCACAAUGAUGUCUUUCCUUGCUGUCUCCACCUCCUCUGCCUUCUACAUCACAUCAGUGGAUUUAGCAUCAUGACGCACCGUUUGACCUCUGACCUGGUCGUGUUACUGAUUCACUCGCAUGCGUAAAAGAGGGCCUUUGAGAAGUCAACCUCAAUCUCAGAAAAUAACUGACUCAUUUAUGCUGAUGGGUUUUUAAAGCCCCCACAGGUGGUGAUACAUUAGUGUCUCUCUUACCUGACUGAAACUUAACAAAUAAGAAAGAUAAGAGUAUCUCACAGAGCAAACAGAUGAGGGAGACAGAGGCCCGCCGCUGUCUUCUCCUCUAUAGUUCCCAUAUGUGACAGAAAAGUGUUACCUGCCUGCCUUUUUCCUUUUCUCCUUUUUCUGAAUGUUAUCUCACCUGCUUCCUAUAGUUUCAGGUGUGUUGUUUAGUUGGAAUGAGGAAGCUAGAAAAAUGUUUGAACUGCUCAUGCAGACAAAACAAAAAUAUGUUAUGGAUUUGGGCUGCAUCAGUGCAAUCUACAUGUUAACCACUGUUGAUUUUGUUGGACAGCUGCUACGUCGUCUUAGUUAAUCAGUUGCAGAAGAAAUACGGAGAGCUUUAACUCAGAUUAAAGUAGCAGUGCCACAGUUUAGAAAUAGUCUGAUCUACAUUCAGAAUUUUACUUCAGUGAAAGAAUCUUUUCACUAUGCAAGUGAUCCAUUCCAUGUUGUUCUUUUUUUUUCUUCAUAUUUUGGGAUUUGAAUUAUUGAUGCAUUAAUGUACACAUUGUUUUCAUGUUGCUGCUGCUAAAUGAUGAGGUACUAAUUGUAUUUAUGCUGCUGAUUUUCUUGUGAAUUUUCCCCGGGAUCGAUUAAGUUUUAUCUUAAACUAUCAUUACUUAUUUGUUGAUUAUGUUCAGAUCUGUGGUCAAUCGAGAGCGAUUUUGGUGGUUCCUGUUGAUGAAGACAGGCAAUGAAUCAGUGAGUAACCUCAUACGCAUUCAAUUAAUGUAUUGAAUGCUAACAUACUGUAAACUUGGAAUCCUAGAUUAUUUUUGGAUUGAAAAACAAAACAAUGUUCUUGUCUUUUCAGUUUUGGCCAUGUCAUGCUGUUUCCACGAGAGGCGCUGUGCUCUCAUUUAAACAACAAGUGAAUAAACAAAUGUCCUUGUUGA